UGUCGGUUGCGCCGGCCAGCACCCUCUCUUACACGGGUCGAACCGUGGUGCUUGAGGCCUGCUAUGCUUUAGUAUAAGGAAAAUAAAGUUGCGCCUUUAACACUACCUAUAGAUUUUGGUAAGAUGGUAAGCGUUUGAUCUUAACAGGCUCAAUGGUGGAGAUGCCUUAAGAGGUGUGUAAUAUUACAAUAACUUGGUCAUUAAGAGUGUAAAUGCAGCAUUAACAGAAGAAGUGCAUCAUAAUCUUCAAAUUAGAAAGCCACUGCAGGUCAAAAGUAAAUCUAAAUCUUCAGCGUAAUCUAUACAUAAUCUUUGACCUUUCACACUUCACUUCUACUACAUGCUUGUAAUUUAACUGAGCUUCACACUAUCUUUUCAAUGUUUUCAUCCUUAGGCCACACUCUCCUAUUUAAUCCACCUUCAACUCCAGUUUCUGCAUCCCCUCCCAAAUUUCCAUCUCUCUCUCUCUCUCUCUCUCUCUGGGCACAGGUUACGUAUCCAAUGUCGGCAAGGAGCAGCGGACGAGCGAGUUUCAAACCAGAUGCCAAUGAGAAGACAAGGACCUCUCACAAACAGGAUGCUAAGAAAGUUUCGGGCGAAAACAAGGGAUUUACAACUAGUUGCAGAUUCAGGAUGCCCAGAAGAUCAGAAUUGUCACCACUGAGGUUCCUUAGGUGUAUUGGAGAUAAGGUGGCUACGGCUCUGCGUUUCGUGUCCUUUGGGAGGAGGAGGAGGUCGUCUCCAAAUGCUUCUUCUUCUUUGGGGCGGUCGAAUCCGUCAAUAGCUCCGCUCGAUGCUUAUAGAGCUGAAGCCAUCAGUGACUGCAUCGAGUUCAUCAAUAAAUCUUGUUCAUUCCAGAGAACCAAUUCUGUUCCUGCAAAGGCUUGUUAAAUUUCUCAAGCUAUACCGCGAGGUUAAUGUUUUCAUGUAAAUCGUAUCAGUUGCAAUCAUUUUGCUGCAUGUUAAUGGCAGUAAGAUCUCCUCAUGUAAUUAUCGGGUUGGUGAAUAAAAAUCUUGGAAGUUUUCAA